AUGGCACCAAAAGCACUGGCAAUCCUCAUCGGUGCCGGACCUGCAGCGGGCGCUGGCAUUGCCAGAAUCUUAGCCCAUCCAUCGCAUGGUAAUUAUGCCGUCGCUCUCCUUGCGCGCAACGCGGACAAUCUCAGUGCUCUUGCACAAUCUCUGCGUUCCUCCGCGCCAGGAUCUACAAUUGAGAGCUUUCCCACCGACACGGCACCUGCGAAUUUAGCAAAAGCAUUCGAAAAUAUCAAGGCACAUUCGUCGUUCAAGGGCUUGAAGCUUCGUGUUACCAUAUACAGCAUCAAGAAUGCUUCAGUGAAACCUUUCGAGGAGGAAACGUUUGAUCAAUACAUGGACAGCAUGCAGGUGUUUGCCGGCGGCGCCAUGGCAUUCGCUCAAGAGUCGCUCAAGCUUCUCUUCGAACAUCAUGGCCGUCAGCCUCUCUCCGAAGGCGGCUCUCACAAGGGCGCUAUCAUCUUCACCGGUACGCUGGGUGCGUUGCGAACCAACCCGAAGUUCGCUUCGUAUGGCGGAAGCAGAGCAGCUGUACGGAGUCUGGCGCAAGCUGUGGCGAAAGAAUACUCCCCAUUGGGUGUACAUGGAGCUCACGUGGUAGCUAAUGGAGCCAUCAAAGAUGAAGACAAUGAGGGCACGCAACAAGGUAAAUCGAUGAGUUCGGAUGCUGUGGGGAAGACGUAUCUGUGGCUGGCAGAGCAGCAACCUACAUUGUAUACACAUGAACUAGAUAUUCGCCCAGCUCAGGAAAAAUUUUAG